CUGCCCAGGUUCCAGACGGCACUAGUUUCAGGGAUGGAGAUAUCGCUGUGACUACCGGGAGGCGCUCUAAGGUCUGUUUCGCACGCAGUUGUCUGUGGUCCAAGUCGGUGGACGGACAUGUCUACAUCGCAUACAGGCUGUCACUGGACUACAGUGAUCUAGAUCAGAGGAUAAUAAAGUCUGGUAUGGAGAACAUGGAGCGAGGUACCUGUGUGCGUUUUGUUCCAUGGACACACCAGAGGGACUACCUGGAUAUUCAGCCUAAGUCAGGGUGUUGGUCGUACCUAGGGCAGCGUGGUGGCAGACAGACUUUAUCUCUACAGUCUCCUAACUGUAUGUUGUCUGGCGUGGCCUCCCACGAACUCAUGCACGCCCUGGGCUUCGUGCACGAACAUUCCCGCAUCGACCGCGACAACUAUGUCACUGUCCUGUGGGAGAACAUCUGGAAGGAUCGCGUACGGAACUUUGAGAAGUUCAAAACCAACUCUCUGGACGUUCCCUAUGACUACGACUCCAUCAUGCACUUUGGGAUGUAUUCUUAUUCAGAAGAUGGAGAUGCUACCAUCAAACCUAAGAGGAAGAACCACGACACCCAUCUGGGACAGAGAACCGGUCUCAGUCAACUGGACAAAAUUAAGAUUAACAAACUCUACAAAUGUGAAACUCUGGACGAUUAGAAAACCAAACGGAGAAACAUCAUCCACUGAAUCUCUGGUGUCAGAUAAACGAGCAUUUAAAUAAAGAUCGAUUGACAAC